GAAGGAAGGCUCGGGUGCCGCCGCCACCGCCACCACCGCCGCCUCUGCGACGCCGUCGGGGUGGGGGGGAGGGUGGGGUGACGACGAGGCUGCAGGAUGGAGAUGAUCCGGAGCAAUUUUAAAAAUAAUCUUCACAAAGUAUACCAGGCCAUUGAGGAGGCGGAUUUCUUGGCAAUCGAUGGGGAGUUUUCAGGAAUCAGUGAUGGACCUUCAGUUACUGCAUUAACCAAUGGUUUUGACACCCCAGAAGAAAGGUAUCACAAACUUAAAAAGCAUUCCAUGGACUUUUUGCUGUUUCAGUUUGGCCUUUGCACUUUUAAAUAUGACAGCACAGAUUCAAAGUAUAUAAUGAAGUCAUUUAACUUUUAUGUUUUCCCAAAACCCUUCAGUAGAACUUCACCAGAUGUCAAAUUUGUUUGUCAGAGCUCAAGCAUAGACUUUCUGGCAAACCAAGGAUUUGAUUUUAAUAAAGUUUUUCGCAAUGGAAUCCCAUAUUUAAAUCAGGAAGAAGAAAGACAGUUGCGGGAGCAAUAUGAUGAAAAACGUUCACAAUCCAAUGGUGCUGGAGCUUUGUCAUAUUUAUCUCCUAAUGCUUCAAAGUGUCCUGUGAUUAUUCCUGAGGAUCAGAAAAAAUUUAUUGAAAAAGUAGUAGAGAAAAUAGAGGAUUUGAUACAAAAUGAAGAAAACAAGAACUUGGAUUUAGAACCGUGCACAGGGUUUCAAAGGAAACUAAUUUAUCAGACUUUGAGCUGGAAGUAUCCCAAAGGCAUCCAUGUUGAGACUUUAGAAACAGAGAAGAAAGAGCGAUAUAUUGUUAUUAGCAAAGUAGAUGAGGAAGAACGUAAAAGGAGAGAACAGCAGAAGCAUGCUAAAGAACAGGAGGAACUAAAUGAUGCUGUAGGAUUUUCUAGAGUCAUUCAUGCCAUUGCUAAUUCUGGCAAACUUGUUAUUGGGCAUAAUAUGCUCUUGGAUGUCAUGCAUACAAUUCACCAGUUUUACUGUCCAUUGCCUGAGGACUUAAAUGAAUUUAAGGAGGUAACAACAUGUGUCUUCCCCAGGUUACUGGAUACUAAACUGAUGGCAAGCACACAACCUUUUAAGGAUAUUAUCAACAACACAUCCCUAGCAGAACUGGAAAAGCGAUUAAAAGAGGCACCAUUCAGCCCUCCUAAAGUUGAAAGUGCAGAAGGAUUUCCAAGUUAUGAUACUGCAUCUGAACAGCUCCACGAGGCAGGCUAUGAUGCGUACAUUACAGGACUGUGUUUCAUCUCCAUGGCUAAUUUCCUAGGUUCUUUUCUCAGUCCUCCAAAAAUUCAUGUGUCUGCCAGAUCAAAACUCAUUGAACCUUUUUUUAACAAGCUAUUUCUUAUGAGGGUCAUGGAUAUCCCAUAUCUCAAUUUGGAAGGACCAGACUUGCAACCUAAACGAGAUCAUGUUCUGCAUGUGACGUUCCCCAAAGAAUGGAAAACCAGUGACCUAUACCAGCUUUUUAGUGCCUUUGGUAAUAUUCAGGUAUCUUGGAUUGAUGAUACAUCAGCAUUUGUCUCUCUGAGUCAACCUGAACAAGUCCAGAUUGCUGUCAAUACCAGCAAGUAUGCAGAAAGUUAUCGGAUCCAGACUUAUGCUGAGUAUGUUGAAAAAAAACAUAUGGAUAAACAGAACAAGAGAAAAUGGACAGAAAAUAGUUGGAAGGAGGUUGAAAGAAAGCGGUUAAAAACUCAGUGCACAUCGUAUAUCCCACAGAGUCGAUAUUACUGUGUUAACAGUUUUACAGCUACCAGCACAGUAGGAAAGAGAAACAUGAGCCCCAUUCAAGAGGAAGCUGGCUCUGAAGACAUAGAGUCAGUGGAAAUAUCAGACUGUGAGCUUGAUCAGAUGGAUUCCUCUGCAGAGUCCCUUACAGAAGGGAAGAAAAAAGCCAAGAAAUGUAAAAAAAUGAAGAAAGAACUCACUCCAGCCGGAAACUCAUUGAGGUUCCUGAGGUCAGCAAGCCAGGAUUCGAACCUAGGAAGCAUCUCUAGCAGUUCUGCCAAGCUCUUUGAAGUUCCUGAUUCAUGGUAGCCAACAGUUGAAUGAAGAAAGCAGGGACUCG